UUCCUUUGUGCUUGUUUGAACCUUCCUUAAAUACACCGAAGCUGAUCCCCAUCUGAGCAGGAGUUGCCAAGCUUUCCAAGGUGUGGCAGGGCCCGUUGUGAAUUGAACCUGGGUUGCAAUGGAUUUCAGUGGCUUGGGACCUACUCUCGCAGUCCUCGCGCUGACUGUGCUGCUGCUUGUCUGCUCCUGGAAGAGUAAGCGCAGGGACAGCAGGCUCCCACCAGGUCCUCCUGCCCUCCCGCUCCUAGGGAACGCUCUUCAGAUAGACAAGAGAGCGCCUGAUCAAUCCCUCAUGAAGCUGAGCAAGAAGUAUGGCUCCGUGUUCACCGUCUGGCUUGGAACCCGCCCAGCGGUGGUGUUGUGUGGCUUUGAAACCGUGAAGGAAGCGUUGGUCGAUCGAGCAGACGAUUUCGGAGCCAGAGGCACGGUCCCGUCAAUCAGGAAGGUCACGAAAGGAUAUGGAAUCGCCAGCAGCAAUGGGCACCGCUCACUCCAGCUUCGGAACUUUGCCAUCACGACCUUGAGGAACUUCAGGAACGGGACAAAGACAUUGGAGGAUUUCAUCCAACAAGAGGCAAAGUGCCUGGUGGAGGUCUUCAGAGGGACCAAAGAGUUGCCCUUUGACCCCACGUUCCAUCUCACCUGCGCCACAGCUAACAUAAUGUGUGCCGUUGUCUUUGGGAAUCGGUUCAAUUACACGGACUCGAAGUUGCUCAAUCUGCUGGACAUGAUCACAGAAAACAUGAAAGUCAUUAGCAGCCCCUGGGGCCAGCUGUAUGAUAUGCUUCCAAACAUUUUGGAUUACCUCCCGGGCCCUCACAACAGGCUUUUCGAAAAUGCAGCUCGAAUCAAAAAUUUCCUGAGAGAAAUGAUCCAAAGUCACAAAGACAUGCGCACCAAAGAGCGGCCCCAGGAUUUUACUGCCAGUUUCCUCUCCAAAAUGGAGGAGGAGAAAGGCAACCCCACGUCUGAAUUCAACGAUGAGAACCUUCUCCUGUCCACAUUUAACAUAUUUCUUGCUGGGACUGACACCACCAGCUCGACAAUGCGAUGGGGGCUCCUGCUAUUCAUGAAGUUUCCAGAUGUCCAGAAAAAAAUUCAACGUGAGAUUGACGAAGUGAUCGGGUCUGAACGCACUCCCGCUUUUGACGAUAGAGAGAAGAUGCCUUACACCAAUGCAGCUAUCCACGAGGUCCAACGAUAUUCCAACAUUAUCCCAUUAAAUCUCCCUCACACCGUGACGAGAGACACUGAGUUCAGGGGAUUCAUGAUUCCAAAGGGAAUGAUUGUGAUCCCUCUCCUUGCGUCUGUUUUGUAUGAUUCCAAUUAUUGGGAGAGUCCGGAAACAUUCAGCCCAGACCGUUUUCUGGAUAAGAAAGGACGAUUUAAGGAAAAUGAAGCUUUCAUGCCAUUUUCAGCAGGGAGCCGGAUGUGCAUAGGUGAGACCGUGGCCCAGAUGCAGCUUUUCCUGUUUCUCACAGCCCUGCUGCAGAACUUCACCUUGAGAUCCCUGGCAGAGCCACACGCCAUUGAUAUCAGCCCUCUGUCCAGUGGCUUCUCAACCCUGCAUCGACCGUACCAGUUAUAUUGUGUCCCUCGCAAAUCAGCAUGAAACACAGCCAAAGGAAAAAACACCCAAGCCACGUGAUCAGGAAGGGGUCAAAAUGGACUUCACAGCGUUGUGGUACAACAAGUUAUUUUUUUUAAAGCGUGAACAAUUGGAAUCGACAAUUCCCUCAUUCUCUGAGGGUUUAAAAAAUCAAACUUACAGUAUGGAAUUAGGCCUGGAUGUUGACCGAAUCAGACAAGAACACAACAGGUUCACUUGCUUUGAAAGACAUUAAUGAACCAGUUGGGUUUUUAUGACAAUCCAACAACGUUACCAUGGUAACAUCGCUGCAAAUAACUUCCACCCUUUAAACAUUUUGAAGUGUUACUUUGAGUGAAUGAAAGGUCAUUUGAAAGCUUACAUGGUGAGAGCAGUAACAUUGAGUAAGACGAUCUUACAGUUAUACCAGGUAAAGUUUGUUCUGAACGGAGCAGUUGUUACCGAUUAGAAGGGCUACUGGGCCUCAGCAUUUCAGUCAGUGUACUCUACCCGUCAUUUGUAUAAUGUUCUUGGUCUCAUUGUACUAACACAGAACAUUUGAAGAAUCUGCUAAGUAAGGAAAAUGUUAGCUAUAUUAAGGAACAACUCACUGUGGCUUCCUCUUGCCAUGAGAUUCAACAAGAGAGAGCAAGAUCAUGAGACAUUGCAUCACUUCCUGUGAUGAUGUGGACUGGGUCUCCUUAGCGUACCACACAGUCAGAAUACAUCUUGACUUAUACCUUAUACUACAUCUCCCCAAGUCUCUGUUUCAUCCCAUUAUACUACAUCUCCCCAAGUCUCUGUUUCUACCCAUUUUACUAUAUCUCCCCAAGUCUCUGUUUCUCCCCAUUAUACUACAUCUCCCCAAGUCUGUUUAUACCCGUUAUUCUAUAUCUCCCCCCACACCACCACGCAGCCCCCCCCCCCCACCCCAAGUGUCUGACUUCUAUUUAUAGGGAAAACCACUGUGGCACUUUCACAAGUCUACCUGACCGGGUCUUCUGCUCCUUUGGAGGAGAUUGCAGAUUUGAGUCCUGCGUAUACAUGUUAACAUUCUUGCUGCCGAUUGGUCAAUUGUGCAGAAUGGAUGGCAAUGUGUUUCUUGAAGCUCUAUCAUUCAUGCUCAAAAAGAGGACAAACCAUCUUCUAGUAAACCAGGAAUUUACAGCCCCUAGCAUGCAAUUGCAGACUCAUCUACAUUGGGGAAAUGUGCCACAGCCUACAAACUAGGCUCAAGGAACAUCAAACCUCCUUCAAACACAGUGAAUGGGGCAAGUCAGCUAUCGUCAAACACGCUCAACUUAAUAACCACCACAUCCAAUGGGCCAACUCUGGACUUGUCUCAUCCAUCACACGUUGGCACACAAGACCUGGCAGGGAGGCCAUGAAGCUCAACCAACACCACACUGUCCCCCAAGGUGGCAGCCUUCUCAACAGUGACAACUGGCUACCCUUAUUCAAGAGACACAUUACCAACCAUUCUGUGCAGCUGACUGAUCAGAAGCAAGAAUGUCAUUCUGCCAAAUGAUGGGUAAAGUAUGCUGUCUAAAAUGUUGAGGCCUACCAGUUCUUCUAAGCCAGGAGUAAAAAGCAGUUCGGACCAGUAUUCUUAAUUUCCCAGUUUUACUGGUGUUCCAUUUUAAGGUGUACAAGACCAUUUCGGACCAGUAUUCUUAUUCCCCAGUUUUACUGGCGUUCCACUUUAUGGAAUACUAGACCAGUUCGGACCAGUAUUCUUAUUUCCCAGUUUUUACUCCUGGAAAGGAACUUUUUUUUAAGAUAACAACUGCUUUUUCCAGAGCAAAUUCUACAUGGUGCAAAAAUCAUCUCACUUGAUGGAAGAAUAUUUUUAAUUACUAAUUGAGGGCUGAUUGGGCAAUGUGUCAGGCUGGUACCCAGAACAGUUCAAACCUCCCAUUAUAUAGUGACAUACCUGCAUUGAUGUGUGUCACUGAGCCCCAUGCAAACGAGGGAAGCCCUGGAUUUAGUCCCUAGGCAGUGCCAGGGUGGUGGGGAGCCAGCACAUCAAAAGUUAGCUGAUCCUGCCCGAAGCAGCUGUAAACUAUUGGCCUCAGUGCCUGAUGACGAUGGAAGGAAAAUCAGCUUCUGAUUGGUGUCUGGUGCUCCCAUGGAUUUCCCAUUGCCCCAAAUUGGGCAGGUAAAGUGGGGAAAAUUGGGACCUGGGACCUAAACUUAUCAACCACCUACCUGCCCGCCCUAGUCACUUCUCCCCUGCUCAGCCCUAUGUAAAACAAUGAUGAGAAGACAGGGCCUGAGUUCCUGGCCCACUUCCCUCCCAUCCACCUCACUCCCCCCUGAGAUAAAGUUUUUGACAGAGGGACAAAGACCAGGGAAGGCUUCCUAGUGAUGUCAGCCCUGGCACCUCAGGAUCAGAAGGUCAUGUGUGGAAGCCCUUAAUCCAGAGACUCAACAAUCACAACAAUGGUCAUUAUUACAUUCUGGGAUCGUGCUGUGUGCAAACUGUCUGCCACAAUUCCUUCUACAACUCUAGAGAGACAAAGGGAGGCAGAGAGGAAGUAAGGAGAACAAGAAGAGACAGCAUUUGCUCGUCAGUUGCAGACAAUUGUCCGGCACAGUGAGCAACUGUCCUGGAUUUUACGAGACUGUCACACGUUUGAGGUGUUUGUCCCCUAGUUUGCUGCCAGGAUGCGCUUUGUCCUGUAGUUUUGAUCCAUGAUUUUUACUAAUGGGUUCCCCGCUCUUCUCUCACAGGUUCGCCAGCACAUCACUCCCUGUGCUGCACAACUCCCCACCACCCCACCCUCACAGGUUCGCCAGCAAUCCCCCCAGUUGUAUAGCCCACCAUGCCAUAGUGUCCCUUAGCUUUUUCCCUGAGAGUUGGUCACCCUGUUGUCCAGUUAAGAUGUACAUGACCAGCUGGUUAGUUGCCAUCCCACUUUUCAAAAAGUUUCAGUAAAUUUAUAGAAAUAUUCUGCUUUUUAGAAAUCAGUCGCAAUUCAAUCACACCUUAUCCCCGAGUCAGAAACUGCUUGUGUUAAAUGUACAGUAUAAUAAAUGUCAAGUGCUCUCCCCAGUGGAAAGAGAUUGUUACUGCAGCAACUGUUUGAUUUAAUAACAUGUGAAGAUGAGGGAUUACAGCUGCGUAGAUAUACGGGAGAAGCCACGGUUGUCUUCUCAAAGGCUCAGAGGAGAUUUGGUAGAGGCAUUUAAAAUCAAGAAGGGUUUAGAUGGAGUAAAUAAAGACAAACUGUUUCCGAUGGCUGACGGAUCAAUAACCCAAAGACACACAUCUAAAUUGGUUGGUAAAUGAGCCGGGGGGCCGGGGGGGGACAUGAGGAAAUAUAUUUUAAGGAAUGGGUGGUGAGGAUUUGAAAUGUACUGCACUGAUAGGGAGGUGGAUACAGAUUCAAUAGUAGCCUUCAAAAAGGAAUUGGGUAAGUAUUUGAGAAAAUGUUGAAUGUACAGGAGAAAUGGUGCAGAAGUGGUGCUAACUGGAUCACUCUGAUUGAGCAGACAUAGACUCCAAAAGCUGACUAGUCUCCUUCUAUGCUACUAUUCUAUUAGUGGUUUUUUGGUAGCGCAGAACUUGAGCAUUGCUGAAAAAAGAGACAUGCUGUUGAAGCUUUUCAUCUUGCACUCAUUCAGGAUAGCUUGCAAGAAAUUACCAAACUGUUACAAGGGAACAACAAUUUAUACUGCAUGAGAAGAGAGCGCUGAUUGGUUGGCAAGUGGACUCUGACUGAUGGAGGCAUUGCUCAGGAGAAUGCACCAGGGAACAGUUAACUGCCAAGUUUUGUUCAAAUUCAAACCGGGCAGGUUGACUCUGAUCAAGACAUUGCCCUGGGAGAUGAACCAGGGAAUGACUGUUUCCUAGGCUUUUGUUUAGUUGAAAAUAGUGUAAAGUUGUGCACAUUUUCCUUCUGUCUACAAAGGACAGGGCCCUGUGUGUGAAUAUACGUGGCUUCUAGCCAUGUUACAGUUGGUAAUUUCUUGCUAUCUGUCCUGAUGAGUGCAAGACAAAAAGCUUUGACAGCUUGUCUCUUUUUUCCAGCAACAUUCUAUUCGUAUCGAUUUCUCUCUGCUUUUCUCAUUAGAAACUGUGACACAUGAGCAUCAAGCUCUCUUAAAUUUCUCAACUCCAUAAUCUCAUUAAAAGUAGUCAAAUAAGCUUUGAACCACUUACAACAAAGUGGUGCGUUAUUCUAUAGGUCUGGGUUCUGGAACAAACUACAGCCAGGAGAUAUGGGGCAGUGUAGGGUAAGGAUUAACAGAAUGGGUAUGCUAAUGUAUGACAUAGAUGAUGAUGUAUCAUUGAUAUCAGUCAGUCGUGUGAUAGACUCUCAAGGUUGGAACACAUCCCUUCUCUGUAAUCUGUUCAGUAGUACUAAACCUUUUUUGUGCAAGUAUCAGAGUAUGACUGGUCUGUCUGAGGGAAGAUAGGCCACGCACACCAGUAACCAAGAAACACACCUAAAAUCCAUAGAUCAGAGGGACCAUCCAAAACAGGGAGCGGUCUUGCACUGACCUCCCUCACACACACCAGCUGUGCUCUAUUUAAGUUUGAAAGCACACAUGAAAAUUAAGACUGAAAAACCCAGGCAGGCUUGGGUGAUACGAUGAUGGGUGCGGAAUUGGAGACCUGGGUGCACACGCCGUUCGUUUCCUGCCUAUCAUUCUGAAUGUAAGCCUGGUUUUCUUAAGUGCAGUUGGCUCUGGUUGCCUCAAGACAAACCAGUCCUACAUAGGGGGCCUGUGACAGGCAUGAUUUACCAAUGCAAAGUGGCCUAAUGGCUGUUUCAGGUGUGGACUGUGUAUGGUGUUUUCUUUUUGGUCAACAGCAUGCCCUUCUUGCCUGUCGUAUUGGAGGCCAUUUAACACCCAAAAUAAAACGUGAUGUAAAACCUGGAAUUAAAACAGAGUAGUAGAAUUUAGGCCAGGGCAACACUUUCCAUUGUAUAGUCCUUGGCAAAUUUGACAAUAUCAUAAGAGUUCUUUUAUUAACAUAAUUGAUGGACAAUCCAAGACCACAAUACACAAGGAAUGCAACAAAUAUCCAGCACAUCAGGAAGUCUCCCCCCAACCUCCCAACCCCACCCCGGAAACUGGGAGAUUUUAAUCCGGUAAUCCCACAAGCUCACACAAAAAUCGAGAUGAGCAAUUCCUACUAGAACACUUCUAGUCAAGUUUACACAUCGGUCUAUUACUGCAUCUCUGGCACAGCCUCUCUGGAGCUCACAACUUUAUUUGUAGAAAAGCAGUCCCAGACUCGUCACAGAGGCGUAAUCAGACAAAAGUGGACACUAAGCCAAAGCAGGAGGAGGUGGCUAGAAGGUUGGACAGACAGGUGGAUUUUCAGGAGGGUCUGACAGGAUAGGGAGCUGGAGAGGUUCAGGGAAGGAAUUCUAGAGGGUGGGGCCUAGUGGACUACAGGCAUGACUCCAUUGGAGGGGUGAAGAUAAGGAGGAUGCACAAGGGGCCAGAGUCAGAUGAACGCAAAGGUUGUGGAGCUGGACGACGUUACAGAGAAAGGAAGGAGUAAGGCCCUGAAACAAUUUGAACAGGAGGAUGAGAAUAUCAUAUUGGAGGUUUUGAGGCAGCGGGAGACAACAGAGGCCAGCAAGAAGAGGGAACUGCUUGGAAUUGCUUUUUCAGUGCUGGGAUAAACCCAGACUGACACAUUUCAGUCUUGGAUUUAGAAACCUUUUGAACAUUAUCCCCACCAUUAACAUUAAUGCAAAAUUGUAAUGGUAGCUGCAAAUUCCAAAGUUAAUUUACAAUAAUCAUGAAUUGGCCUGUAUGUGGAUGAUAGCAGGGUUGUGAUUGAAGAAAAAACCAACGGAUUCAACUGCUGUUCUGUAACAACUAGUCUAACUAAAAAUAUCUGCAUUUCAAAUGAGAGGUUGGCACUACAGAAUGGAUGUUUUGCCUGAGCAUGAAGCAUUCACAGGUCAGGAUAAACACAGGCAGAUUCAGAACAAAGUUUCAUCUGCUGUGAUGUUCAAGUACAUUAUACAGGCACUCCACUGCAGUACUGAGGGAGUGACGCACUGCCAGAGAUGCUGGCUUUCAAACGAGACUUUAAACUGAAGCCCCAUAUGUUCAGAUAGAUGUAAAAGAUCCAAUCAUAUUUGAACAGCAGCUAAUUUUUGCCCUCAACCAACAUCUUCAAAAUAAAAACCAACCGAUAAUUUUUCUUUGCGGGAUCUUGCUAUGCACCAACUGGCUGCCGCAUUUUGAAGGCAAUUCAUUGACUAUUAAGUUUGUCGGGCGACCACCAAUGAUGUGAGAAGUGAAUGGAAAUGCUUACUUUAAGGCUGUGAUAAUUCUAUUUCUCACACCAGCCAUUCUUAUGACCUAUGAGGCUGACCCACAUACAAUAAAUUUUCUGCAGGAGACUCAGUCUUUCAAGGGGUGACAACAUAGCCGUAACUGUUGUCAAACCAAGGUGCAUGGCCAGAGCGAAAACAAGUCAAAGCAACAAGGUACUUGGGAAUCUUAAUAGUUUUGCAGCUCUUAGGCGUUUAAAGAAACUGAGAUGAAACCUUCAGGUAUCCUAAUUCUUGGGAGGUCUCUGUGACUGCAUUUACAGAAACACAUGCACUGUCCAAAUUGAAAUUCUUGAGGGUUUAUAAAAAGCUGAAGAGCAACUGAAGCCUCCAGGUUGAUCAUCUGCAUGCCAAAGCUGGGUCAUGUGGCAGUUAUCCAGUUCCACAAGAGUGCCCGGUCCACUUGUGAAGCUGCUCAGCUGCUUAAAUCAAAGAUCAACUGCAAACAAUGUACAGAUGAGUUUAAAAUACAUUUUUAAUGACUUUUUUGUUUAAACAUAAUUGUUCAGUUUUAGGCAUUGUAACAAAGUACCGACAUAGUCACAAAGCAAUAGCUUUAAAACUUAACCAAAUGUAAAGUUAAAUGGCAGGUAUCAACAGGGAAAAAGAGCAAGUGUUCAUACUAUGAAGCAUUCAGUCUAGAUUGACAGUCUGACAGGACAUAGGCAUCUUGGUGAUCAAUGUUCCUAGGAUUUACUUAACAUAUUUUCACUAUAAACCCCUAGGAUAAAAUUCUUGUAAUAACUAGUCUUUGCCUGUGUAACAGAAUGGAAUGAUGAAGCACUUUUCUACAUGGAUCAGUGACAACACAAACUUGUGAAUUUUACAAUAUGACAAAUAAAUUUACUUAUCCACAAGCAA